AUGGCUCAGUUAGCGGCAAUUGCAGGUGUUACCAAGGCACUUGGUUUACUUGGGUUCACAACUUUGGGUAUCAUUACGUCCACAUCCAGUCGUUCACACCAAGGUCGUGAGGGAUACAAUAACUGGGUUAAACCCGGUGCUUUCAACAACGGAGUCUUCGGCUGGGCGAGUGUCGUCGUGUUCUCCGCUUCAAGGUCGAGUGGGCUUGAUCUGAUGAGUUUGGGAGCCUUAGAGUCCACGAGAUCGCCGGAAGGUGUCUCAAUGGCCGCCAAAUACUCAUUUUGGACUCUGACCGCCCUGCGUCUUUUAUCGGCGCUCGCCACCGGCCUUGAAGCACCAUACACGGACCUCCGACUUAUCAGUGCCUCCAAUUACCCCGACGCUGCGGCCUCUCCCAUCAGCAUUGUUAUGGUUGACCGAAAUACUCCUGAGAUCGCGUUCAGGUUCUUACAAGGUCUAGUGGUUCUGACCCAGCUUUCCGUGGCUCUGUCCUUGGUAUUUGGAGGCUCCAGAGCGAUCACAUCCCUUGCUUGGCAAAACCAGGCGCCCAAGUUUUGCACCCUGCGCGACCGGAGCGGUCGUCCCGUCAUGAGCCUGGGGAUCGCCGCUAUCGUCGCCCUGCUCGGAUUCAUCUCGACUUCAGACCUCUUUCCAGUUCUAUAUGCAUGGCUUAUAGGAGUUGGCGGACCUGCUGCCUUGUUCGUUCAAACAUCUAUAUUUGUGGCGCAUAUCCGGUUUCGAAAUGGGCUGCGAAAGCAAGGCCACAGCCUCUCUAGCCUCAGCCAUCGAUACUUACUAGCACUGGUAAGGUCCUGGAUGGGCAUUUUCUUUAACCUCCUGGUGUUUGCGUGCCAAAUCUGGACGGGCAUUGGCCCCAUGGGAUUUUCUGAAAUGCUCUCGGAAAAGGUUAUCGGUAGUGAAUUUGCGACAUACAUUUACAUUCCGGCUGUAAUCGUCUUGUAUGGCGUUUACAAGUUAUGGUGUCCAACCCGAUGGCGACGAAGUCUAGAGAUGGAAUUUACCGUUGACCGUGCAACGUCAAAUGGAUGA